AUGAAUAAAGUCACGUUAGAAAACGAAUUGCGUGAUAGAAACGUGCCUUAUCCACCGGACGCAACUCGCGAACAAUUAAGAAAUCUAUUGCGUAACUUAAUCGGUCAUAAUCAAAGACAAAACAAUCCCGAAAAUAACCCUAACGGAAUUCCUGUCGGUAAUAACGAGGAAGACGAGGAUAAUAUGUCUCAACAUAGUUCUCACACGAAUUUAAUUAAUAACAAUAAUCAGUUGUUAAAUGACGGAAGUAAUCAAAAUGGUCGACAAACUCCUUCCGCGAAUAAUUUCGAUAAUCAGCAAAGAGAUCCGCGCUUAUUAAUCCCUGGUAACCAAUUACAAGAAAACGCGCUAAGUAGAGCAAAUAGUCGUUUAAGCAACAAUUUAGAAUUCGUCGACCCAGUUGCGGGAGAACAAAAUAAUCAAAAUAGAAUACAACGUCCCCGUGGGUUAAAUCGUCAACAAGUAAUUGACCAUUUAUAUCAAAAUCGCGAAUCUAGAAACCCACUUGAUCGUGAUAGACCUAUACACCGAAAUACACCGCGUCCUAACGAUGACAACCUUGACCGUGUAUAUAACGAAUUUCAUAACGAUGAUAGACCUCGCGAAAGUCUUGCAGAAAAGGUACGUAAAUGGGGCGUAACAUAUGAUGGUACACGUGAUUUGCUUGAUUUCUUGGAGCAUGUGGAGGAAUUAAGUUUCACUUAUGAAAUCCCGCUGGAUAAUUUGGUGUCUUGUCUUCCAAUGCUCUUAAAAGGAAAGGCUAUUUCAUGGUACCGUAAUAAUAGGAAAAAUUGGCAAUUUUGGGACGAAUUCGCUCACGAUAUUAAACAAUUCUUUUUACCGGUUAAUAUUGAUAGUCAGUUAGAGGAGGAUAUUAGAAAUCGCACGCAGGGACAGAAAGAAACCGCACAUGAUUUUAUCACAGCGUCGCAGACUCUUAUACGUAGAUACGGACUCAUGAGUAGGGAAAGUGAAAUAGAGCGGUUGUACAGAAAUCUUCGACCAGAAUACAGACGUUAUAUACGUAGACAUGAAAUUCAGAACGUCUCGGAUUUAAUUCGUUUAACUAACGAAUAUGAACUGAUCGUCGUCGCGGAAAAAGCAUAUAAACCGCCCCCUCAAUCAAUUUCCGGUCCUACGCAAUCCGAACAAAACCACUCAAAACGACAAAAAGAAAACGUGGCAAGUGUAGAAAGUUAUAUCGGCUAG